CUGCAGAUUCCUAGUGUGAAGGGCUUCGACUUUGCUAAGCAGCAUCUGGGCCAGCACAAUAAAGACGACAUAUUGAUUAUUCAUGAGCCAGCACCAUUGCCAGGACCUGUGAAGGACCACACCACACCCUCUGAAAAUGGAGAUGUGCCAAGCCCCAAGUCAAAGAUUCCGUCUAAGAACAUCCGCCACAGAGGAAGAGUUUCCCCCUCAGAUGCUGACUCAACCGUCAGUGAGGAAUCCAGUGAGAGGGAUGCAGGAGAUAAGCUGCCAGCAGCGGCCCACGAGGGCAAGGCCCACAGAGUCCCACAGAGUGGUUCCCAGCUGCCCAGUUCAGGGAACGAGCAACACUCCUCGGCCUCCAUCUUCGAGCACGUGGACAGGAUUGCCAGGCCUUCUGAGGCCAGCCGGCGGGUUCCUAGUAAGAUCCAGCUGAUCGCCAUGCAGCCCAUCCCAGUACCCUCAGUGCAGCACCCUGUCCUGGCUGACCGUGUGGCAGAAACCAACAAAAUCAACAAGGAGAUUCAGACGGCCCUGCGGCACAAGUCCGAGAUCGAGCACCACCGCAAUAAGAUCCGGCUGCGCGCCAAGCGCCGCGGCCACUACGAGUUCCCGGUGGUGGACGACCUGUCCUCGGGCGACACGAAGGAGCGGCACCGCGUGUACCGCAGGGCGCAGAUGCAGAUCGACAAGAUCCUGGACCCCACGGCCAGCGUGCCCUCGGUGUUCAUAGAGCCCCGGAAGAGCUCACGGAUAAAACGUUCUCCUAAGCCACGUCGGAAACACCAGGUCAACGGCUGCCCUGCUGAUGCUGAGAAGGACAGACUGAUCACCACAGACAGUGACGGCACAUACAAGCGGCCCCCCGGUGUGCACAACUCUGCUUACAUUGGCUGCCCGUCUGAUCCCGACCUCCCAGCGGAUGUGCAGACGCCAUCUUCGGCUGAGCUGGGCAGGUAUCCAGGCCUGCCCUUCCCGGCCUCCCAGUACAUUCCACCCCAGCCGUCCAUUGAAGAAGCGCGCCAGACCAUGCACUCCCUCCUGGACGAUGCCUUUGCCCUCGUGGCCCCUAGUAGCCAACCCGCUAAUGCUGUGGGUGCAGGCCCUGGGGUCCCAGCUGGCCUGCCUGUGAACAGCACCCCUUCCCGGGAGGACCGGCGAGCCACUCAGUGGGGAUCCUUCUACAGCCCAGCCCAGAUGACCAACAACCCCUGCGCUAGAUACGAAGACUACGGAAUGACUCCCCUAUCCGGCCCAUUGCCAAGGUAA